AACAGCACAUAUGUAUUUGACUCUCCUUCGCCCGAGUCGAGAAAAAUUCUUAAGAAGAAUGUUCGCAUUGAGAUAAACAAGAGUAGUAAGUUGAUAAAUGUCUUUAAAAUUAAUUGAAUAUCUCCGUAUUAAUUUAUCCGUCAAGCAUACUCAUACAUUAUUAUUACAUUAAAAAAUAUUUGAAACCAAAGGAAAUGUAGAACGUUUAAUGUCUGCUCAGAUAUUGAACACGGAUGACGAAUUGGAUAUGAGUUUGAAAUUUAAAUGGCUCUUCUUCGGAACUCUAGCUAUCAUCCACCUUGAAUUCGAUAUUACUAGAUCGAUGACGGAAGAUGAAAAAGAAUUUGCUGCAUUGAGAAUUGACUCUCCUUCUUCCCAUGUCGCCCUUUCGGGAGACCUUACAAUAUCUAUCGGCAAGUCGAAUCAAACCUUAGAAAAAACAAAGUACAAACACGAGUUCAAAGAACAUCAGUUCUAUAAAAAUGUUUCUAACGAAUUUUUUUUACUGAGAGUGUUAUAUCUUCUCGAAGACAUAUCAGAAUUAAUCGGUGAGAUUCAACUAAAACGGAUGCCUUUAGGAAAUGAAACCAUUUCAAUUACCAUUCCCUGCGGGUAUUUUACUCGUGGCGGUAUUUACGCUCUACGAGUCGAGUAUAAAUACAAAAAUUCAACAGUGCCUGUUGCUACCCAUUACCAGACCAGUAAAAUAUUAGAUGUAAAGUGGCCGUUGCCGACAAUUUUCCUGGAACCGAAAGAGAUCAGCACUUAUCCAAAUGAGUCUGUCAGAGCCACAGUAAAAUACGAUGGAUUAAAUUGCAGCCCUUCUGGAAAUGUUCCUGUAGCCGUUUACAUUUUACAAUUGGUAUAUUGUGGAUCCACUGUGACUGCCUGUUACUUACAGAACACUACUUAUACUCAAAUAUUAUAUUAUGAAGACAUAAAAGAUAUUCUAUCGUCGAAGUCUAUUCUUUUCCGAUGCGAAUUAUUCGGGUUGCCUGGAACUUACGCUGUCAGAUUAAGAGCUACUAGUACUAAUCCGACAGCACCAAAUACCAGCGUAUAUUUCAAGGUGAAUUGGUCCGAAGAAUAUAAACUGACGGUUCACGCGAGAUCAAUAUAUCCUUGCGAAGGUUCGGGAGGUGUACCCGUCCUUUUUGAAUAUCCUUCGUGUCGACUGGAAGGCGAUCGCGUACGGGUUUACGGCCGUUUGAAGGCCGACGUUACCUCGGUCGCUUCGCCCUCCAGUCUUCAUUACAUUACGGAAUCCAGAUCGAUACCAGGGAAGCAUUCUUUGACCUUCGAUUGCGAUCUUUUCACGGAAAAAUUCGUCGAGUAUUGUUUUAUCUACGUUAGCCAAGCGGCCACUGGUGCUAUGGGGGAUGUAAAGAUAUCUUGCAUUCCUACGUUUCCCUUCCAAAGCGACGCAGCGGGUUGGGGGCCUUGGAGUCCUUGGAGCGCGUGUAGCAGUUCCUGUUUCGGUGGUAUUCGAAAUCGAUAUCGUUUUUGCGACACCCCACCACCGAAAUAUGGAGCAAAAUUUUGUCAAGGGAAAGCAAUAGAAACCGAAUUUUGCGGGAAAUUAUUUUGGGAGGAUUCGCAAAAUGAAUGGGGUGGUCGAAUCGAGAACCCUAAAUGUCGUGGUGCGAUAUUAGCUGCUACGAAACCGGAAAUUAUAGCCGAGAUCGGAUCGCAAUGCAGAUGCGGAUGUCGCGUCGUAUUGAAGGAACAAUCUUUAAGGAAAAUACUUGGGGCUAACACUCAAGCUUGUCCUGGCCGAUCGUUCUGGCUCUUACAAGCGGAGACAAAUUUUGUGAUCGCAUUACAUUUAGAUCAAUUGCAAUUUCCUUGCCCAGGACAGUAUUUUCGCAUACGGGAUGGCAAUUCGUUGAACGCAAACCUCUUAGUCGAUGUUGCUUCCGAUAAAAUGCAUCGUACUGUUAAAACUUUAAUUAGCUCUGGGCAGAAUUUAUUGUUAGAGUUUUUUAGCGACGAACUUACUGCAUCUGGAGAUGCUUGCACCGGUGGUUUCCUGGCGCAUGCAGCUGUGUUAGAUAGGAAGUAUUUAAAGAAAAAUGGAACUUCAACUGUUGUGCCUUUUGAAACGAAUACAAUGAACGUUGGACAAGAAUGGAUUCUUUGGAAACCAGCACACCUAGCGACUGCACUGCUUUUGAUACUAAUGUUUAUAGUUUCUAUUUUCUUGACACUGCAAUUUGUUAUAAAAUACAGAAAAUAUCGGAUUGCCGAGGACUUAGAUAAUCUCAGCGAUGUGUCCGAGCUAAUGCCCGGCCCAUCGAAAUUUCUAUCUACAAGCACAAUUAUUUCCGAAGUGAUCUCAAUGAUAGAAACUACCACGAAGGUUUCUCGUAAAGAAAGUUUGAGCAAUGCAGGAGAACAAUACAAUAGUACCGAGACUUUGACAGGCUACAAAGAUGAGUCUGUAUUGAGCUCUAGUACACUGAAGUUAAAUAAUACAAUCGAAACCUCCUCGGACCAAACAAUCACAUCGAUGAAAUCCAACUGCGAUAAGUUACUAUCAGCAUCCAGUAUUCUUGUUUACAACAAACCCGAAGUGAAAUAUGCUUACCCCGUAAAGUUGCAAAAGACAGAAUACGACACUUCGGAAGAAAAAGCAUCAAAAAUAAACGAUGAGGAUAUGAAAAAUAAUAGUGGGAACGUUUCAAAAGUUUAUCACAGUAAUGAAAAAAAUUACUCGGAAAGAAAGGUAAUUAGAAAAAUAAUGUACAAUCAAGUAUCGUACCUUUUUACUUAUUGCUUUCUUAACGUACAGGAGACUUCGUCAGAGAGUGUACUUUCGAGCCCGUCGACUUUGGCAAGCGGGAAGGAAACGAAAGAGAGAAGAAACCGUGAAAAGCUUUUGCAAGAUCCCGGAUCGGAUUUCAGUCUAACGAAUCCUGAUUCAGAGUUAGAAUUGGAUUACUAUGACUACAACGUAGCGAAUGCUAGUGCUGUGCCUGGAUCGUAUUUGGGAAUGGAUCCCGCUUUUCUAGUUUGGAUACCACCAAUCGACACGGACGAUCCUCUCUUGGGAAGCAAAAGAAAUUCUGUUUUGGCUCUCGAAACUGAAGGCGCAGCCCUAACACCUUCUGAAUAUCAACGAAUGAAACUUUCCAGCUUCGAAGAUUUUGGAUUCGAAUUAGAACAGAGAACGAAAACGUUUGAGAAAAUACUUCCUGUUCAGAAACUAUUGGAAGAUUCUAGUAUAAAAGUAAGCACGGAAUCAAUAUCUGGCAUUCUCGAACACAAGCAGUACUGCGUUAUAUCAAACAGAAGGAGGGUCCGUAUAGGUAAAGACGAAGAAUCUAGCGAAGAAUCUAAUUCUUCGAAAAGCCUCCUGGGAAGUCCCAUAAAUAUGCUGGGUAACGACGAAAAUAAUAAAGCGUUCACUUCUGGUACAAAUAAAAUUUUACAACGAGAUUAUUCAAAGCAAAGUUCUAAUCAGAUGAAAAUUUCUAAUAAUCAAGAUGAGGACUCGAACAUGUCUUACAAGUAUAAAGAAUUAAUGAAAUGUACACAAUCGUUCACGAACGUAAAGGACACGGUUAAUAUUCCCAUGACAGAGUUGUCAGGAAGUCCUUUGAAGAAUUUUGCUCAAGGCCGCAAAUUACAUUGCAAAGAUAUCGAUCCUCUGAACAUUCAAAACCCGGAUUACGGUAUAGAAACGUUCUGUCUGAAGCAGGGAACAAUUUACGAUCAGAACAUCAGAUUUGUUGACGAUGACGAUGACGAGUACAUCGAUUAGAAAUUUUUUAAAUUAUUUUUUAUCGU